AUGAAAAACUUCUACACUGAAAGGGUCAUCAAAGAUCAGAACAGGCUGCCCAGGAAAGUGAUUAACUUGCCCUCCUUGGGUGUGUUUGAAAGCCAUCUAGCUGGUGGUGCUCAGGGUCAUGGCUUAGAAGUGGGCCUGGUAAAUAUUGGAAAAAUGGAUUCUCCCAUUGAGAAAUGGAACCUAAUAAUUGGCAAUUUGGCCUUAAAACAGGUUCAGGCAACAGUAGUUGGUUUUCUGGCAGCAGUUGCAGCAGUUAUAUUGGGCUGGAUUCCAGAGGGCAAAUACCGUUUUGAUCAUUCAGUCCUUCUCUGUUCUAGCAGCGUAGCAACUGCUUUCAUAGCAUCUCUUUUACAAGGAAUAAUAAUGGUUGGAGUUAUUGUUGGAUCCAAGAAGACUGGUAUUAAUCCCGACAAUGUUGCCACUCCUAUAGCAGCAAGUUUUGGAGAUCUUAUCACUCUUGCUAUACUAGCUUGGAUAAGUCAGGGUCUUUACACUUGCCUUGAGACAUAUUACUAUGUAUCUCCUUUGGUUGGUGCCUUUUUUUUGGCUCUGACUCCGAUGGGGAUUGUCAUAGCUGCCAAACACCCAGCUACCAGAACUGUUCUCCAUUCAGGAUGGGAGCCUGUUAUAACUGCCAUGAUUAUAAGCAGUAUUGGUGGCCUUAUUCUGGACACAACUGUAUCUGAUCCUAAUUUGGUUGGAAUUGUUGUUUAUACCCCAGUAAUUAAUGGUAUUGGUGGCAAUCUAGUAGCUAUUCAAGCUAGCAGAAUUUCUACCUACCUCCAUUUACAUAGCAUUCCUGGAGAGCUGCCAGAAGAAGCCAAGGGUUGCUAUUAUCCGUGCAGGACCUAUUAUGGUACAGGCGUAAAUAACAAAUCAGCCCAAGUUCUGCUUCUUUUGGUGAUUCCUGGACACCUGAUUUUCUUGUACACUAUCCACUUAAUGAAAAGCGGCCACACUUCCUUAACUCCGAUCUUUAUAGCAGUAUACUUGUUUGCAGCUCUGCUACAGGUGUUUACUCUGUUAUGGAUUGCUGACUGGAUGGUUCAUCACUUCUGGAAGAAAGGAAAAGAUCCUGACAGUUUCUCCAUCCCUUAUCUUACUGCACUGGGAGAUCUGCUUGGAACUGCCUUAUUAGCUGUAGGUUUUCAUUUUCUGUGGCUCAUAGGUGACAGAGAUGGCGAUGUUGGAGACUAA